AUGUCAUCGACCGGAAACUCUGGCGGAGGCGCCGCCGCCACACUAUAUUUCUGUUACCAGUGUAAUCGUACGGUCUCAAUAACGCACUCACCUACCUCCGAACUUAUUUGCCCCAAUUGCAACAGCGGCUUCCUCGAAGAAUAUGAAGAUCCUGUUUCCAGCCCUAACCCUAACCCUAACCCUAACCCUAACCCUAACCCCAACCCCGAUCCCUUCUCAUCCGACAACCUCUCCGGUUUCCCUUCGUUCUCUGCCGGUUUCGGCGGAUUCCCAAUCGUCUUCUCAACCUCCUCAGCUGGUGGUGGAGGAGGCGGCAUCGAACUUCAAAACCAUACCGAUCUCUCCGCUCUCUUGGGCGGCGGCGGCGGCGGCGGCGGUGGUGAUGAGUUUAAUCCUUUCUCAUUCCUUCAGAAUUACAUCAGUACCCUAAGAGCCGGUGGUGCCAACAUCCAACUUGUCAUCGAGGAGAACAACUCUUCUGAUCCUGGGUUUCGGCUCCCUGCCAAUCUCGGCGAUUACUUCAUUGGCCCUGGCCUCGAGCAACUCAUACAGCAGCUUCAAUAA